CUCGCUUCCCUACAACAAAUAUGGCCGCGAAAUCUGACGGUGCACCCGUCUCUCUCCGAAACGCAAUCCCACCCGAGUGCCCCUCCAGGUUGGACCCACGGCCUCUCCAGCGCCGUCCUACCGAGCAGCGCUACACCCUCUCGGACUGCUGCUGGACACUGUGCGCCCUUCUGGUGUUCUUCGCGGACGGGGCCUCAGACCUGUGGCUGGCCGCGGACUACUACCUAAGGAAGUACUACCCGCAGUUUGUACUGACUCUGGUCUUUGUGAUAGUCCCGUCCGUGGUUGUGCAAGUGUUGAGCUUCCGAUGGUUCGCCUACGAUUUCUCGGAAACCGUGGAGAGCGGCACGGCCGCGGCCGCCGUGGUGGCAGCGUCAGGAGCUGCGGAGCAAGACAUCAGCACCAAGGACAGCGGCGAGCGGGGCGCUGGCCGCUCUGCCGCGGCCGGGGUGCUGCCAGGGCCGGGCAACGGGGGAGGAGCCCGGGGGUGCUGCAGAGUCUUCGUCUGGCUCUUCCAAGCUCUCAUUCACAUCUUUCAGCUGGCACAGGUCUGGAGGUAUGUCCACGCCUUGUAUUUGGGCGUGCAGAGCCGCUGGCACGGAGACCCAGAGCAGCGUCACUACUAUUGGCGCAUGAUGUUUGAGAGCGCUGAUAUCAGCAUGCUUCGUCUCCUGGAGUCCUUCCUGAAGAGCGCCCCUCAGCUUGUGCUGCAGCUCACCAUCAUGAUCCGGGCCAAUCAGGUGCUGCCCCUUCAGGGGCUUUCAGCUUCUGCCUCACUGAUAUCCCUCGCCUGGAUGAUCUCCUCCUACCAGAAAGUCCUGAGGGACUCCCGAGACGAUAAGCUACCCAUGACCUACAAUGCAGUGAUAGUUCAGAUUCUGUGGCACUUAUUUACCAUCGGAGCUCGCACGCUGGCCUUUGCCCUCUUUGCCUCCGUGUUCCAGCUUUACUUUGGCAUCUUCAUCGUGGCCCACUGGUGCAUCAUGACGUUUUGGAUCAUUCAAGGCGAAACGGACUUCUGCAUGUCCAAAUGGGAGGAAAUCAUCUAUAACAUGAUGGUGGGCAUUGUCUAUAUCUUCUGCUGGUUCAGCGUCAGAGAGGGGCGCACCUGCUGCAGGAUGCUCAUCUACAGUGUGAGUGUGUUUGUUGAGAAUGUGGCGCUCACCACCUUCUGGUACCUGUACCGCAGCACUGGCGAGCGCCAGAGUACCUCAGAAUUUUACGCCGUCGCCAUGGUGUGCGUGGUGGCCAGCAGCUACGCUCUGGGCACCUUCUUCAUGUUUGUGUAUUACUGCCUGCUGCACCCUGACGGUGCAGUCUCAGGGUGGGGUUACAUAGUGGAGAAGGAGGUGCCCGUGGAGGCUCUGGCCUCGCCAGCCUCCAGCCUCCCUCCUGACCUGGUAAGCAGCCCUCCCAGGACCCUUCAGAGAACUAAAGGGUCAGACAGAGAGCCGGGGCAUGGGAUAGAUGGGGAUGUGUUUAAGGUGCGGCCACCUCGGGGAGCUCAGACCCCGGUGCCUCACCUCACACCCAGGACAGAGGGGCCCGUCAUCCGGAUAGACCUGCCCAGGAAGAAGUACCCCGCCUGGGAUGCUCACUUCAUUGACCGUCGGCUGCGUAAAACCAUCCUGGUGCUCGAGAGUGCUGCCCCCGUUCCACCGAGGAUUCAGUACCGCUGCCUGGGCACUCCCAAAGAAGUGAUGGAGUAUGAAACCACCGUGUAAUGCGCCGAUGGUGCUGUGACUCAGCCUGUUCCUGUGUGGACAUCCUGCCUUAAAUAAAAAUGGCAGGAGGAUGACUCUCACUGAGUGGUCAGUUUUAGCUCCACACUUACUUAAUGGCUCUCUGUUCUGGCCACAAACAGCCACAGCAGGGGAUGGAGUGUUGUGUGUUUACUUUCUACAUGGGGCAAGAUUCUGCGAUAUUGUCUGGUGACGGUGCAUAUUUUGGUUUCUGUAUCAUUUCUCAGGUCAGGAUGUGUUACAGAAAGAUGUGGAAGGUAGAGGGGAUCACAGGCAGGGAGAGAAGUGGAGCUGUUAUCAGUCAGAGGCAGAAAGUCCUCCUCGGCGAAGGUGCUUCAGCAAAUCCUCACCAGGUGGUCGACAACAGAGACAAGCCUUCAACAUGCAUGAUUAUUUAUGGCAGCUAAAACUCAAACAUCACCGAGUGAGUAGGUAGACUCGCACUGCAGUUUUAAACACCAUCUUAUGUACACGCAGCAGAGGUAGUGGUCUCCCGAAUCACACUUUUCCAUAGCUAUUCACUCAUGUUGAAGGAGUCUCUGAAAAUGCUGUUUCUAAUCCGAAGGGCACAUCAAAAGCAACAUUUGAGUUGAAUGUAAAAACAGUUGAAAAUGUGAUUAUUUGUGACAAGGCUUUGAGCAUUUUCAUGCUGUUAGUGGGAUUGUCAUCAUUCCUGUGAUACUAUAUUUGGUUUUUUUGUUUGUUUUUUUAAGGUAAGCUAUGUGCGUGUUUACAAGCAAUCUGUUAUUUUGGGGACAUGCCAUCACUAUUAUAACAAGACGCACCUUCCUCCAGAAUGUGUAUGUACUGAACACUGCAUUUUACAGGACUCAACAGCUGUAUUUUCAUACUGCAUCCAUCUUCCACAACCAAAACAAAACAGGACAGAUGAUAAUUUACAUGUAAAAUACUGUAAAAUGAAGAAGUUGUUGCAGAGGGACAGCACUGUCUGUAUUUGUACUGUAUUCAUAUUUUGUUGUCUGAACAGUGUUUAAAAAAUAGCUGCAGACUCCAGACUCCUAACAGAAUAGCUUUGAUAUUACUGAUGGUACAGGCAUGUAGUACUUUUGGUAGCCCUUUAUUUUGCCAGUCUGUGAUUUCCUAAUAAUUUCCUCAAAAGCUUUUUAGGACUAAUUUUGUAGUUUGGCACAAGCAGAUUAACAACAUAUACAGAUAUUUUGGGUCUUAUGGGGUGUGACAUACCCCCUGUUAAUUGGGUGUGUGUUGACACAUCACUCUAGAGCACAAUCCUAUUAGGAUCUGGAAAAUUUGGAUGCUGGUGCUCCUCCUAGGGCUGUUUAUUGUGUUCCUUGAAAAUGAGAAAGGCCAUGUUUGGUGCAUGGUGCAUAGUCUGGUUUGAGGAAAUCACUGCUACAGUAGCAGAGAUGUGAACAGAGGCAAACAGACUGUUGAAAACAUUUACCCCCCAACUCCUUUUGCGCUGUAUUGUGAAAGCCUAUUGGCCAAGAGUCUCCCAAAGAAUUAAUUCUGCUGACGACAAUCAGAAAGUGAUGACAAAGCUUUUUGGUGCCAUUCGUGGGCAGCUGAGAAUCUUCAACUUCACUUUUAUAUAAAGAGGAAAGAAAGAGAGCGCUUGGAGAAAACUAAGCAAAAUCACACAACUCUUGUAAAUUGUGGAAAUAUUGUACUUGUUACUUAAAUCCAGAUUCUACUUUGAAAGAAGUCGUUCUCCUUUUGUCUGUAAGGGGCAGAUAUUUGAAAAAGUGACUUUAUUCUUUAUUUUAUUAUCCAGUCCACCCGUUACAGUUUUUUACAGUUUUUUUUAGUAUAUAUAAUUCAUUCAUUCUACGCUGAUUAUUGUAAACAGUGUUUUCGUAUUUGUAGACACAUUGCCAACAGUUUUACACGUUUUGUUGACCUCCUGAAGGUUUUGGAUGCAUUCUUUUAAACAGUCCAUGUGGAGACCAAAAGAAGGACUGGGUUUGCAGUCAACUAUCACCUGAAGAGGAUUUAGCUUUUUAGAAGCUUUUAUUUUAAAGUCACCUGCGUAAAACAUUGAUCAGUGCAUGUCACUGAAACUCUUGGCCCAGAUAUCCCUUUUUUAUUACAAUUUACGCCAGUGUAAUAGCAGUUUACAAAUUCACCUAACAAAUUAAAGCUUUCCAGUUUGGACCCUUAUGGAUGCCACAAGCAGGGCAUCCAGCAUAUAGAAUCUGCCAAAUCAAACAUGCGGCGCUACCUCCUGUCAUGUCCCCGUGAAUAAGGGAGCAGCCGAAAGUAGCACCACCCGAAUUUAAUAAUUGCAUGUUUCAUCAGUUCGACGCAGUUCAUUUUUAACUAUAAUUAGUGACAAAUUACACUGAAUUAAAGUCAUUUUACAUGAAUCUUUUGAGGAAAUUAUUAGAAAUUAAUGGACUCAUAAAAUGAAGUUUUACCUUCCUUUCUUUUAUCAGGGUUGUUUUUCUAUAGAAUAGUCAUACAGGAGAGAUUUUCUGACUUUUGUGUGUGCUAGCGUGUGUGUGUAUCUGUGUGUGUGUACGAGCUCACAUACCAGCAUGUGUAUGGGUGUAUGUGGGAGAGUCCUGCCGUGUGCAUUUAAAUUAAUUUGAAGCUGUGUCUAUGACAGUUUUGUUGUAAACACCGUCCUUUAAGCUCGUUUUUCCCAGAUGGCAGAAACAAAAGAGAAAAAAAAGCCCACAGAGCACCUUUACCACGCCUGCUGCAGUCAAAGAAAAAAAAGCCAGAGAGGCUUUGAUUAUGGUGCUAACUCAAUCCAUCAACAACAACCACACAAUGUACCAUAAAAUGAGUUUCUUGUGGCAGGAGUUGGGUGGGGCUGUACCUCAAACACAAAAGCUAGAAUCUAAAAGCCUUAAGCUGGUCAUGCCAGACUGUUGCUGUUCAGAGCAAGAAAAAAAAAGAUGGAACAAGAAGGUGGAGAUGAUUUCAUGAUGUUGUUGUUGCUAAA